UUCCUGUUAUAUUAAUUCAUGUCACUAAGCUGCCCAUAGUGUGUGGGUGAGUCAUUGAUUUAUCUGUUCUCACUUCUUCCUGGAGCAGCGAUGGAUGGCCGGUAUACGAACAUCGAGAUGAAUUUUGCAAAUGAUCAUUUGCAAAAGUGCAGCAUGUCGUGUGAACAAAAAACAGAAUACAGUCAUGUUGGAGAAUUGUGUACCCAGCCAGGCUUUGAACCACAAAGCACUUCUGGGAGAGAGUCUCUGUACAGAAGGACAAUGGUGGUGUUCAUCUCUCUGUGGAUCAUCACACUGAUCAUUCUUGGUGCUGUACUCAGUGUCUCAUUUCUACAAGGAUCUAGCCUGCAGAAUGAGAUGACGGACUUACAAAGGAUGACAUCAAGCAGUAUCUUGGAAAUACAAGCACACUUGGAAGACAAGAACAAGCAGCUGGAGACUAAGAAUAGAGAAAACUCAAAUCUGAUCCAAGAGAAAUCUGGCCUGCAGAAUCAGCUGAAGGAGCUACAAAUGAGGACCUCAAACAAUAUCUCUGGACUGCAGGUACAACUGGAAGACAAGAACAAGCAGCUGGAGACUAAGAACAGAGAAAACUCAAAUCUGAUCCAAGAGAAAUCUGGCCUGCAGAAUCAGCUGAAGGACCUACAAAUGAGGACCUCAAACAAUAUCUCUGGACUGCAGGUACAACUGGAAGACAAGAACAAGCAGCUGGAGACUAAGAACAGAGAAAACUCAAAUCUGAUCCAAGAGAAAUCUGGCCUGCAGAAUCAGCUGAAGGAGCUACAAAUGAGGACCUCAAACAAUAUCUCUGGACUGCAGGUACAACUGGAAGACAAGAACAAUCAGCUGGAGACUAAGAACAGAGAAAACUCAAAUCUGAUCCAAGAGAAAUCUGGCCUGCAGAAUCAGCUGAAGGAGCUACAAAUGAGGACCUCAAACAAUAUCUCUGGACUGCAGGUACAACUGGAAGACAAGAACAAUCAGCUGGAGACUAAGAACAGAGAAAACUCAAAUCUGAUCCAAGAGAAAUCUGGCCUGCAGAAUCAGCUGAAGGACCUACAAAUGAGGACCUCAAACAAUAUCUCUGGACUGCAGGUACAACUGGAAGACAAGAACAAGCAGCUGGAGACUAAGAACAGAGAAAACUCAAAUCUGAUCCAAGAAAGAUCUGGCCUGCAGAAUCAGCUGAAGGAGCUACAAAUGAGGACCUCAAGCAAUAUCUCUGGACUGCAGGCACAACUGGAAGACAAGAACAAGCAGUUGGCGACUAAAAAUAGAGAAAACUCAAAUCUGAUCCAACAGAGGUCUGACUUGCAGAACGAGGUACAGGAGCUACAGACCAUUGCUGAAGAUGGAUUUGCUAAAUGGACAAGUAAACAAGGAAUUGUCCGACAAGAAGUGUGGAAGUGGAUCCGUAAAGCAGCAGCUACUGUCAUUCUGGACCCCAGAACAGCACAUCGUAAUCUUACUGUUUCUGAGGACGGCAAACAAGUGACAUUCAGUGGUGGCCUCCUACCUGACAGCCCAUUGAGGUUCAGUAAUUGGUACGGGAUCCAGGGAAAAGAGAGUUUCUCUUCAGGGAGACAUUACUAUGAGGUUCAGGUUGGGACAAGGGGAUGCUUUUCAGUUGGAUUUGUGAAAGAGUCUGUUGAAAAGAUGAAGUAUACUGUAACUUCAGAGAGUGGCUUCCUGAUGUUCAUACUCGAGAAGAAUGUGUACAAAGUUUCAACAACCCCCCCCACCUCCCUCUCUCUGAAUGAGCCCCCUAACAAUGUGGGGGUGUAUGUGGACUAUGACAAGGGGCAGGUUUCCUUUUACAAUGUGGGCACCAGGUCCCAUAUCUACUCUUUUACUGGUUACAACUUCAGUGAGAAACUCUAUCCAGCUGUUAACUCCUGUAACAGUAUGACAUCAGGUCCCCUGAUCAUUUCUCCUGUCAGUCACACAGCCUGAUCUGAAACAGCAGUUUACACACAGACAAGGAUUAAUAACUGUCCAUUUGAUAUAAUAUUGGGCUUAUUUUUUUCUGUGAUAUUUGUUUUUCUAAAUGUUUUGCCAGUGCCAACAGCAUUAACUGAACUGAGAGAUUAUAAUGAUUGCAUACAGUACAUACUAUCUCUACUUGAAUCUACCAAAGAUCACCUGCCUGUUAAUAGUGAUCGGGUAAUUUUAGUGGAUGCAGAUAUUUAAUGAUUUUAAAUACAAUUACAGGCUGCUUGCACAUUUCUUUGAACUAUCAGUUUUUUGCAGUAAUUCUGUAUGUCUGCUGUUAAAAAAUUAUUUCCUUGGUUUGUUACCUCGUCUCAUUUUAUACUAAAUGCAAGUUUGUUUACUUAUAAUUUUUUAAGUUUAACUUAUUGAAGAGUACCAGCUUUUUUGAUACCAGCAUUAUUGGGUACCUUUACCUUUCUUACAGAUUAUUCUGGUAUAAGGACCAAAGACUAACCUAUGUUUUAGCAUUAUUUUGUCAGGAAGUAUGUCAUGGCUCAGUUUCAUCACCUGAUGGCAGCAGAGAGUUCACUCCAGCAGAACACAGUGUCUAUAUGUAAUUCCUGACGCUUGCUUGCCAUUAAUUAUCCACCCUUUAAAUACAGGCUUAUCCAUCUGUGGUGUAUUGAA